CAACUGUGCCUUAUUAAGGUUAGGGAAUCCUGUGGGAGACACGCUACCAUUGCCAGUAACGUAAACAAAACCAGACACGGAAAUUCAACAAAAUGGUUGCAGCUACCAACUCUCUUUCUAAGGAAGACAAACGCGCCAAAUUUGAGGCGGUUUUCCCCAUUCUUGUAGACGAAAUUGUCGACUAUCUGACCUCCGUAAAUGUUCCUCAGGACGCUAAAGAUUGGUUCAAAAAGAGUUUGUACCACAACACUUUGGGCGGAAAGUAUAAUCGUGGUUUGUCCGUAAUCGACACCUAUGAGAUUUUGUCCGGAAAGGCCCUUGAUGAUAACUCUUACUUCCGUGCUGCUCUUUUGGGUUGGUGUAUCGAAUUGUUGCAAGCAUUCUUUUUGGUCGCUGAUGAUAUGAUGGACGAGUCCAAGACACGUCGUGGCCAGCCCUGCUGGUACUUAAUGCCCAACGUUGGAAGCAUUGCCAUUAAUGAUUCGUUUAUGCUUGAAUCCGCUAUUUACUUUUUGUUGAAAAAGCACUUCCGUCAUGAAACUUAUUACGUGGAUUUGCUGGAUUUGUUCCACGAAGUGACUUUCCAGACUACUUUGGGUCAAGAAUUGGAUCUCUUGACUGCCCCUGAAAACCAUGUUGAUCUUUCCAAGUUCAGUCAAGAUAAGCAUGCCUUUAUUGUCAUCUUCAAGACUGCUUACUAUUCCUUCUAUCUUCCCGUUGCACUUGCUAUGUGCAUGGCUAAUGUUGCAACCCCCGAUAACCUGCAACGUGCUAGUGAUGUGCUUAUUCCCCUUGGCAAGUACUUCCAAAUCCAAGAUGACUACUUGGAUUGCUAUGGCGAUCCCUCCGUUACUGGCAAGGUCGGCACCGACAUUCUCGAUAACAAGUGCUCUUGGUUGAUUAACGUUGCCUUGGCAAAGGCCUCUCCCGAGCAACGCAAGGUCCUUGACGAGAACUAUGGCCGCAAGGACGCCGAUUGCGAGAAGCGUGUCAAGGCCGUGUUUGAAGAGCUUAAUUUGAAGAAGGCAUACGAGGAGUAUGAGGAGAGCGAGGUGUCGACCAUCAAGCAGCGUAUCUCUGUCCUUGACGAGUCUGCCGGUUUGAAGAAGGAAGCAUUUACCACAUUCCUUAACAAAAUCUACAAGCGUUCCAAGUAAACUGCCCAACGCAAUGUCUUCGUUACGAUAAUGCCAACAAAAACUUAGGCGAUAAUAAUGUCUCUUUGUGAUGGUAUAACAAGAAUAUAAAACAGUUACUGUUAGGGUUUUCUAUAGAUGGUGAGUGUUUAACGAUGUAUGCUUGUAUUAUAGUCUUUCAU